UAGACAUGGGAAAACAACUUUUGCUUGUGGUUCUUGGCCUCAUAGCCUUUGGUUUUGCAAUAACAUCCAAUGCUAACAUGUAUAUAGUCGGCGAUAACUCUGGUUGGGACAUUAGCACGAAUCUCGAUACAUGGGAGAAGGACAAGAAGUUCGUUGUCGGUGACGUUUUAGUGUUUCAGUAUACGUCUACUGAAACUGUCUGCGAGGUGGGCCAAGAGAGUUUUCGAGCAUGCAACACCACAAACGUUAUAAAGUGUUUUAGUGAUGGAAACACGUCUAUUCCUCUGACGAAUCCUGGAGAAAGGUACUUCUUUUGUGGUAACAGAUUGUACUGUUAUUCCGGCAUGAAGCUUGAUGUGAUUGUAGAAAAGAAUCAAGCAGCAGUUGCGGAGGCACCUCUUAGCGGCGUACCUGAAGCGGAGAGCGGUGGCUCCAAGAAAAAUAACCCUUCAACUGUUGUACGUAGUGCUGCUGUAUCUGUUCGUGUUGAAUCGAAUUCGGUCGUGUUGGGGGGUUUGGGGUUGUUGUUGAGCAUUUUGGUCAAGAUAAUUUAACCAUGCAAUUUGUGCACAUAUCUUGUAAUGAUGUUUUGUUUAUUUGAUACAUUAAUCAAUUCAUGAUGAUUUUGCGUGUGAA